AACAGGCCAGGCGAGCGCCUGCUACGUUUACUCAUUCGAAAUUAAUCUACGGAGAGCAACGACGACACUUCAUUUAUUUGUUAUUUUUUUAGACUAUACGAUUGUGAUCGUUCGGAAAUUGUUUGGUCGGUUCUCAUCGAGUUAGCUAAAUUCACGGAAAGUAAACCAGGUUUAUUUUUUUCCAAAUAAAUUUUAAGCGCCUAUCACAAACGUGAUGUAAUCAUUUGCUGGACUUGUGACCUUCGUCCUGCAGCAGCCGGCACUUAUCUCUUCCUUCACAAUCAUGCUCUAGUUUUUGUUUUUGUAUUUUUGACUUCAAGUUGUUUUUUUUCCCCUUGAUAUUUCUUGAUUUGUCUUGAACUUUCCAUACGAAAAGAAACAUACACAAAUGCCAGCCUACUGUAUUAUAUAUAAAACAAAAAUAAAAUAAAAUACAGCUCAGAUCAACAGAAAAUCCCAGGGAACAGUCAGAGACAUCCUGUAAUAUACUAAAAGAAUAUUCAGGGCCAAGAUAGUCCAGAUCUUGAGAAAUUGCUCUGUUGUUGUCAUUUCUAUGUUAAUAUUGGUACCUGGAAUGUAUCCCUUAUUUAGCUGUAAAAUUUAUUGUUAAUUUAUGUUAUACUUUUUUUUAAUGAAACCAUUACUUUAGGUAGUGUAAUCUCUCAACCUCGAACACCAGCUCAGGCUCUUUCCCUGGCAGAGAGGUGACGUUCCACGUCCCUCGAGCGAGUUAUUGUAGCCAAGGAUUGGACCGCCAAGGUCCCAACCUUCCGCCGCCGCCCAGCUCACAUUGCACCAGACCCCUUCGGCCCCUCCCACUGGUGGUGAGCCUAAGGGAAAGGGGACCCACGUUGUGUUUUCGGGCUGUGCCCGACCAGGCCCCCUGGGUGCAGGCCCAGGCGCUCGCCAUCGAGCCCCACCUCCACGCCUGACUUCAGAGGGGGCCUUACGUCCAGGUUAGGGAAAACGAGGUCAAAAUAUUGUUCUCAUCAUCAGUGGUUUUUUGAGCAAUGCUUUGUCUGGUCCCUCACCUAGGACCCGUUUGUCACAGGUGACCCUACCAGGGGCAUAAAGCACCAGACAACUUGGCUCCUAGGAUCAUUGGGAUACACAAAUGACCGUUCCAGGAGGGGUGUCUUGUACUUUUUUAAAUUUUAUUUAUUUAUUUUUGUUUUAGUAUGACUGAUGUCCCAACAAAUGUUAUUACCAAACCACACAACAGAUGUGGCAUCUGUAAUGGUGUGCUGGAAGAGCCAGGGGACAAAACAAUCACCAGAAGUUACAAAGUUUGGGCUUGAUGUUUUUUUCGGGGUGUAUCUAUUCCAAAAAGUCGUGACCAUAAAAAGAGUAACUCUUCUCACCUUUUAUUUAUGAUAAUCGCUACCAUCCAUCCAUCCAUCCAUUUUCUGAGCCGCUUCUCCUCACUCGGGUCGCGGGCGUGCUGGAGCCUAUGCCAGCUAUCUUCGGGCAGAAGGCGGGGUACACCCUGAACUGGUUGCCAGCCAAUCACAGGGCACACAUAAACAAACAACCAUUCGCACUCAAAUUCACACCAACGGGCAAUUUAAAUUUGUCAAUUAACCUACCAUGCAUGUUUUUGGGAUGUGGGAGGAAACUGGCAUGCCCGGAGAAAACCCACGCAGGCACAGGGAGAACAUGCAAACGCCACACAGGCGGGGCCGGGGAUUGAAUCCCGGUCCUCAGAACUGUGAGGCAGACGCCACCGUGCCGUAUGUUAAUCGCUGCUUUGCACAAAAUAAAAAAAAAUUCUUUCUUCCAUGUUGUUCUCACGAGUCGGAGGUUUUCCGAGAACGGUGUUCGAGGCUGGUUCCGUUCUGCACGCUCUUCGGUGCAAAACGUGGGCGCCAGGAAAGAUGCCCACUCCAACCUGCUGUCCAAGCAGGAGACCAGUAACCUGUACAAAAUCCAAUUUCACAAUGUGAAACCAGAGUGCCUGGAAGCUUAUAACAAUCUGGAGGCGGAGGUGCAAAAAAGGCUCCAUCAGGAUGAGGAUUAUCCGUGUGAGGUCGUAGGAAGCUGGAACACCUGGUAUGGAGAGCAGGACCAAGCAGUGCACCUGUGGCGCUACAGUGGGGGCUACCCCGCCCUGACCGAAUGCCUCAACAAGCUCAACGUGAACAAGGAAUAUUUGGAAUUCCGCAGAGAGAGAGCAAAAAUGCUGAUUUCCAGGCGGAAUCAGCUCCUGUUGGAGUUCAGUUUCUGGAAUGAACCUCUUCCCCGACAAGGACCAAACAUCUAUGAAAUGAGGAGCUACUCCCUCAAGCCGGGGACCAUGAUCGAAUGGGGCAACCACUGGGCAAGGGCCAUCAAAUACCGUCAGGAGAACAACGAGGCUGUGGGUGGCUUCUUCUCGCAGAUCGGCGACUUGUACGUCGUCCAUCACUUAUGGGCCUAUGAAAGUCUUCAGUCUCGAGAUGAAACCAGGAAGUCUGCGUGGCGCAAGGAGGGAUGGGAUGCCAACGUGUACUACACGGUGCCUCUCAUCAGGAGCAUGGAGUCCAGGAUAAUGAUUCCCACCUCCAGUUCUCCGUUACAGUGAGGACACCAAAAGGCAGAGCACCCGAAAACAAAACCAGCAGCAAACAACAACACUGUUUCCACACUGUUGGGCCACAGCAUUAGGUACACUUCUGCCAUCUGACAUCCAAUACCAGACUUACAGAUACAGUCUCAGUUUUAUAUGUGAUAUAUUUGUUUCAAACCAUGCUUUUAUGUAGCGAUAAAGUAGUGUUCCCCCCGCUAUACCAAAAAUCCUCGAGUAAUUGAUGCCCACCCACAAGAUGGUGACAAAGCACUACUUUUAUGGUAGCCAACGCUAUGGGAUGUCGAAAUGAAGCGAGAGAGGAGAGGAUCUCUUCAGUGUAACAUAGGUCUGUUGCACCAAGAUGCCACAAUAUGGCGCCAAAGCGAUACUUUUAUAUUAGAUAGGGCUUUGGUCUAAGCAGAAAAACGAGCAAAUUAAAAAUGUGCAAAAUCGCAAUUAACAAAUUGCGAAUAUGCAGGGCGACACUGUCACCAAAAUAUUAGAAACCACUCCAUGCAGUUUUACAUGCUACAAUCACAACAACAACCCCCCCAAAAAACGUGGUUAAACAUAGACCGCUCAGUCUUUUUUGGGCUAUAAUUAGUUUUUGUAUUGGACCUCAUUGCAUUAUGCAGGUGUACCUAAUGAAGUGACCAACAAGUGUAUCGGCACAGAAGUCAGGCACGCUCCUGUUUUAAGUGCCUUUCAGGGAACAUGUGCAUAUUAUUAUUGUGAUUGAGUCAACCUAAUGUAGAAUCUGAUGUGAUCCUUUGUGAUUUUGUUUGUUUUAAAUCAUGAAUUAUGGUCUGUCAGUUUGUUUUUCAUAAUAAAUUUCACUCCCGAGUUUAA